AUGUUCUGGGUACUCAACCAGAUGUACCGCCAGCAGCGCGAGCUGAUGUGGCUCUACGACUACUGUAAGACCAAGGCUGAAGUAAUCAACUUGGACGUCCUCGAGCACGAGAUCGAGGAGCAAAAGGCGUCCCUCCGCCAGAUUGGCCCCUCGGACACCUACAUCCGCAACGCUGCCCUCCUCGUCCAGUACGCUUUCACCACCUCACACACUGGCAGGAUUCCCCUCGACAUUCUCGCCGCUCGCCAAGCCAUCGAGGACUGCAUUGCGCGCCUCGACUCCAUCGAGGGGCCCCUCGACCGCGCUUCGCUCUCCCACUAUGGCGAGAUUCAGGACAAGAUCCUCGAGAUGCAGGACAUGCAGGCCAAGCUUGGCCGUAUUCACCGCGACUUUGCCGGAUACCUGCACAGUAUCAUUAACGGCUAG